UAUUUUUGGGGAGGAUUUUGUUUUUGUAGCAUGUUAUUACCGAUGCCUAUUACAUUGCGCCUUUGCCAAGCCGCUGCCAGUGAAGCUUCUUAGUGCAAGUUUUAUUCACAUUCUGCUGAUAUGUGUGUGCAGACCGAAGCCAAGCAAAAGAAGACAGAGUCAGUGUGGUUCCACCCCAACAUCACUGGGAUAGAGGCUGAGCAGCUGCUCCUGACACGGGGGGUCCACGGCAGCUUCCUGGCCCGGCCCAGCAAGAGCAACCCAGGGGACUUCACACUCUCUGUCAGACGUAACGAUGAGGUCACCCACAUUAAGAUCCAGAAUUCAGGGGACUACUACGAUCUUUACGGCGGGGAGAAGUUUGCCACGCUGGCUGAGCUGGUGCAGUACUACACGGAACAGCACGACCUGCUGCGCGAGAGGAACGGCGAUGUCAUCGAGCUCAAGUACCCCCUCAACUGCAAAGACCCCACAUCAGAGAGAUGGUACCAUGGGCACCUCUCCGGGCGUGAUGCAGAGAAGCUUCUCACAGAGAAGGGCAAACCGGGCAGCUUCCUGGUGCGCGAGAGUCAGAGCAAGCCAGGCGACUUUGUACUGUCCGUCCUCACCAACGAGGAGAAGCACGAGAACGUGGACCGCAAGACCAAAGUCACACACGUCAUGAUCCGGUACCAAGAUGGCAAGUACGAUGUGGGUGGAGGAGAGAGGUUUGACACCCUGGCGGAUCUGGUGGAACACUAUAAGAAGAACCCCAUGGUGGAAAAGAGUGGCAUCGUGGUGCACCUGAAACAGCCCUUUAAUGCAACAAGAAUAAACGCAGCAAACAUCGAGAACCGUGUGCGGGAGCUGAACAAAGUGGCUGACAACUCUGAGAAACCCAAGCAAGGAUUCUGGGAGGAAUUUGAGAUGCUGCAGCAGCAGGAGUGCAAGCUCCUCUAUCCCAGGAAAGAGGGCCAGAGGCCGGAGAACAAGAGCAAGAACCGCUACAAGAACAUCCUGCCAUUCGACACCACCCGUGUGAUCGUAAGGGAGGCAGACCCAGAGGUGUCCUGCUCGGACUACAUCAACGCCAACUACAUCCGAUGUAUGCAGGAAGAUGGACGGCAUAUGGACGAGGGGAAAGUCUUCAUCGCCACUCAAGGUUGCUUGCAGAACACGGUGAUGGACUUCUGGAAGAUGGUGUACCAGGAGAACACACACGUCAUUGUAAUGACCACCAAGGAGAUGGAGCGAGGAAGGAAUAAGUGCGUACGGUACUGGCCAGACACCAACUCCACCAGGGAGUUUGGCAAAGUGAGUGUGAAGAACAUCGAGGAACACACAGCUCAGGACUACAUCCUGAGAGAGCUGGAGGUGACUCGAACAGACAAGAGGGAACCGCCCAGGUACAUCUGGCACUUCCAGUACCUGAGUUGGCCGGACCACGGCGUGCCCAAUGAACCUGGGGGGGUUCUGAGCUUUUUGGAGCAGGUCAACCGGACCCAGGGAGCUAUUCCAGAGACAGGACCCAUUAUAGUCCACUGCAGUGCAGGGAUUGGAAGAACAGGAACCAUCAUUGUGAUCGACAUUCUCAUUGACAUCAUCAACAGACAAGGGCUGGACUGCGACAUUGACAUCCCCAAGACCAUCCAGCAGGUGCGACAGCAGCGGUCAGGCAUGGUGCAGACGGAGGCCCAGUACAAGUUCAUCUACAUGGCCGUGCAGCAGUACAUCGACACCGCCCAGAAGAGACUGGAGGAGGAGCAGAGGAACAAGACGAAGGAGAGGGAGUACUCCAAUAUCAAGUAUCCUCCUAUGACGAACGCCAGAGUAAAGCCCAACAUGAGCAUGACCUCCUCACGCUCCUCCUCAGUGAUGAACGACGACUCGUCCAGCGUGUAUGAGAACCUGAACAUCAAAAGCCCAAAGAGCUGUGGGAGCAGUAACACCAGGAGAUAGGUCCUCCAGGAUGCAGUCUCUCUUCUCUUUCUCUCUCUUCGCAGCAGAGGUACAGCUUCUCAGCACCUGACCUUGUGUGCGUCUGGAGCAGGGCGGGGCAGGAGCCCUCCCUUCCCUCCUCCCUCCAUCCCUCUCUCUCUUCCUCUCUCUCUCUCUCUCUUUCUCUCUCUCUCUCUCUCUCUCUCUUUGCCGUGGGCUGGAGUCAGUGCGGAAGCAGGAGGACAACAGUGACUUUUCUGCUCGGCUGUAACCCACCACCUCCACCCUCAACAUGGAGGAGCGCACAGAACCACCAUCCCCCCAUACCUCAAUCACAAUCAUUCUCUCUUUUUCCCUCCCUCCCUCCCUCUCUCUUUCUCUCUCUUUCUCUCUCUUUUUGCCGGACUCCCCGUGUGACUGUACAACACCGUGAGGCUUCACUCUUGCAAACUUAAGUGCCUCGAGCUACAGCCGAGUCUGUGCACCCCCACCC